AUGGCAGAGGAAGCAACAUCUUAUAAUAAACACAGUGGCUAUUAUACACCUCAAUCAGGGAAGACUCCGAGUACAUCAUCCGAGGCAGCUCAGCUAGAAGCAGCCGAAUCCAAGGCUAAUAUUAUUGAUAUUCCUUGGGAUAAUGAUAGCUUUGAUCUCGGCCUCGAUUCUUUCCCUUCGACUGAAUCAUCCACAAAAAAGUACAAUAAACUCCCAGUUAUUGCAUCACCACUAAGGAUGCAAUGGGUAUCCCGAAAUGAUUCCUCAGGCGGAGAAAGCUCUAUUCAAGAAAACGAGUCUGUUUCUACCAGCUCAAAUGAUUCAAAAUCAAAAAGAAAAAAGACCUUGACUAUAAAUCCUUCCAUUGAUAACUCGUUCCCGUAUAUUAAUGAUGAUGCUUUCUUAGAUCGUAUACACCCACCUAAAAAGAAGCAACAAAAACAGAAAUCAAAAACUGGACGUAUUGAGCAUAUAUCUCCUCUACUGGAUUCAGCAAUUAUAUUUGAUGAGCAAGACGUAUUAUUUAAAUCAUAUUCCAUUAAAAGUGUCUCAAGCUUUACGAAUCACAGCCACAAAUCAAAUACAAGUACAAUUGAAAACUGGAAAGUAUCUCAAAGUCCAGUUAAUGGUAUGAUAUCACCGAUUGUUUUGCCACCAAACCCUAUCAUUGCCCGCGAGCAUAACACAUCUGGUUCGACAACGCCCCGGAGUCAUAUUUCAGCACAUGCACCACAACCACCACUAACUUAUAGUGCUAGUAUUAGAAGUAUCGGACCCAACAGUAUAAGUGCAAGUGGUGCUUACUAUACACCACCAUCGUCUGUUACAUCUCAUUCAUAUCGCAGCAUACAUGUCCCUAGAAAUGGAGACGACUUGGUGCUUUAUUCUGACUCCAUUUAUUCUACUAGUCCUUCUGAAAAAAAUCGCCCCUACUCACAAUUCUUUAAUCCCAGCUAUCAGCAUUCCCGAGGCAAGAAACCUGCUGGCUUAUUUACAAAAAUGAUGAAGAACUUUAAGCAUCAUUUCGCUAAUAAAUAA